AUGAGUGUACUUGUUUGGAACUGCCGAGGGCUUGGGAACCCUCGGACACUUAGUGUCCUUAGAAACUUAACUAAAGACAAGUGGCCCAACUUAGUCUUUCUUGUGGAAACUAAGAGCAGAAAAUCGAGACUUGAAGAGGUUAGAAGAAGUUUGAAGUUGGAGGGUUGUUUUGCUGUGGACUGUGUAGGAAUGAGUGGAGGCAUUGCAUUAUUGUGGAGGGAAACUUGGCAGGUCAAAAUAAUCAACUACACAAGAUGGCAUAUUAGUGCACUAAUUCAAGAAGGUGAUCUUGGACCAACUUGGCAAUUCACUGGCUUCUAUGGACACCCUGAAUCGGCUAAGAGGAAUAGCAGCUGGCAACUGUUGCAAAUGCUAAAACCCCCUAACCCCAUGGCCUGGCUCUGUGCAGGUGACUUUAAUGAGAUACUGCACCAAAAGGAAAAGGUGGGAGGAGCAAGUAGGCCUUAUCGACAAAUUGAAACUUUCAGAAGAGCUAUAGAUUACUGUGGUCUUAAUGACAUCCAUUCACAGGGAGUGAGGUUCACAUGGUCUAGCAAUAAAGGUGGAAAAGCUUUCAUUAAGGAAAUGAUUGAUAGAGCAUUUGCUAAUAAGGAAUGUGUUGAACCCAAGAUUUCAAUCAUCUGGGCAACAGAAUGGAGUGACCUUUUCAAGAGUGGCUCGAGCACUGCACUUCCAACAAUUCAAUCUGACCACUCCCCUCUAGUAAUUGAAAAGCACACAAAGGGCCUUAAGGGAAAGAAAAGAGGAAACUGUUUCAAAUAUGAAGUGGCCUGGGAAAUGAGAGAAGACUGUUUGAAGACAAUAGCCGAGGCCUGGAGGAAGGAUGGAGGAGGAGAAACAAAGGUAAAACAGAUAAGGCAAAAACUUGGUAUUUGUCAAAGAGACCUGCAGAACUGGAACAACAAGAUGCAACAGGAAGGCCACCAGGCAAUCAACAAAGGAAUGGCAAGACUUGGUUACCUCCAAGAAACUGUCACGAGUGAUCACCUGGCCUAA